CUCAGUUCAAUUUAGACUUCAGCGAUGUCGGGAACACUUCCAGUUACCUUCGUGAAGGGCUUCCACAAUGAGGAGCUGGUUCGCCGCAUGGAAUACCGCAAGUUGGGCGGCACCAAUUUAAGAGUAUCGGUACUUGCACUAGGCGGGGCCACUUUGAGUGCGCUCUUUGAUAAAAAAUUUGACGAAGAGGAGGGCAUCAGAACCGUGCAAGAAGCUAUUAAGUCGGGCAUCAACUAUAUCGACACAGCGCCAUUUUAUGGCCAGGGGCAGUCGGAGCAGGUGCUGGGCAAGGCGCUGAUGGAUGUCCCUAGGGAAGCGUACUACGUUGCCACCAAGGUGGGCCGGUACGAACUAGAUCCCGAGCGCAUGUUCGACUUUACAGCAGCCAAAACACGGGAGAGUGUCAAAAAGAGCUUGGGUCUACUCGGCUUGGAUUACGUGGAUGUAUUACAGGUUCACGACGUGGAUGCGGCCCCCAGUCUGGACAUUGUGCUAAAGGAGACGAUUCCAGUACUAGAAGAGUACGUGAAAGCUGGCAAAGCACGAUUUAUUGGCAUCACUGGCUACGAUGUGGAUGUCCUUAAGGAGUGCGCAGAGCGUGCGAAGGGGCGCGUUAAUAUAGUCCUCUCUUACGCUCGCUAUACGCUCCUGGACAACACUCUGUUGCGCCACAUGAAGGCAUUCAGGGAGCUGAAUGUGGGCGUCAUCUGUGCCGCAGCACACGCACUUGGCCUGCUCUCCAAUGCCGGCCCACAGGCGUGGCAUCCCGGCAGCCAGGAGCUGCAGCAAGUGGGUCGCCAUGCCGCCGAGAUUUGCAAGCAGCGUGGCGUCGAACUGGGCAAACUGGCCAUGUAUUACUCCAUGCAGCUAGAGGGCGCAGCGACCUUCCUGAUCGGCAUACCCAAUCGUCGUCUGCUGCAGAUCAACCUGGAUGCGGUGUUCAACGGCUUGAGCUCCGCCGAGCAGGAAGUGCUGCAGUAUCUGCGGGAAAAUGUUUUCAAAAAGUCCUACAGCUGGGGAUCAACGCUGUCGACGAUCAGCGACUUCAAAUGAGUCCGUCAUGCAAAUGCAGCAAAAGCUUUAAUAACAAUUUUAAUC